AUGAACCCCUUGUCUUUCCCCCUGUCGGGCUCUAGCCCUCCUGAAUCACGGCUACGGUUAAGUCGCCAAAUCACUCGGAACCGUGCGAGUUACAGCUGCAGGACAUGCCGUCGUCGCAAGGUACAUCCGAUAUGUGGCAACUGUGUGAAGAAUAAUACCGAGUGCAUAUACGAUGCUUCAGCGCAAAAGAAUGAAGAUGCGCGUGACACCUCUCAGCAUGCACACGGAGUCAAGCGGAGGAGAGAGAAUGCGCAGACAUUGGAGGAGGGAGUGGGUGAGCUGCAAUCGAUCUAUGGGGACUUGAGGCAGGCCGAGGCAUCAAAGAGCGACAAAUCUGACCCCCGCGCAAUUGAGUCACGAUUGGACAAACUCAUGUCGAUGAUUGAGCGCCUUGGCGGAACAAACCAAGCCCUGGAAGCUGUUGCCGAGAAUGAGACGAUUCCUGAAACCAAGGGAGAAACUAAGCCGUUACAUGAGUCGCGACUGGGUCCCUCAAAUGGAAAUGUGACAUUAUCGCAACCUGCCAGUCCGCGGCGCAUUGCGGCCGAGUCGAGUGGUGACGAGUUUCCGAUACCGUCGGGCCGAGCUACUGAUUUAGUCGACCCGGUUGGUAGUCUAAACUUGGGCCAUCUAAGCCUAGAAGAUGGUGGAAGAUCUAGAUAUGUUGGCACCACGUAUUGGGCCUACAUUUCGGACGAGAUCAAUGAGCUUAAUCAAUUGCUACGAGAUCAAAAUCGCUCGCAUGAUCAGCCAGCUCCAGAAAGGAACACACAAACGCCAGACCCAGCUACCGAUUCUCGGCAGUCAUGGAGGGAGUCACUAGAUAGCUCAACAUCUUCAAUGACCCCGCGCUCCCGGCUGUUCCAACAAUCUAUAAUAUUUCCUUCUGGUGAUUCACCUUCAACGAAUGAGAAGGCAGUGGAGCCAGAAAUGCUGGAUCGGAUUCCAACCAAACGACAAAGUCACAUUUUAUACAAAGGAUUCAUGUCCGGCAUACAUGCCAUCAGUCCGGUUCUUCAUCCUCCUACAAUUUUAAAGCUCUAUAGCUCCUUCUGGGACUGGUACGACUACAGCAGCUAUUCAGGUGACCCCUGCCCCAGUCCAUCAUUCAUACCACUGUUGUAUGCAAUCUGGUAUGGUGGCUCAGUCACUAUUUCAAUUCGGGCAAUCAAGGCCGAAUUCAACGUGUCUUCCCGUUCUGCGCUUUCAACUAUGUACAGUGAAGAGGUGACGCGCUGGUUGACAAAAAUAUCAUUUCCGCGCAGUCCGUCUCUGCAAGGGCUUGCUGCCUAUCUCAUUGUACAAACCAUUGUAUCAAAGGAAGAGGAGCCUUUGACGAGCAGUCUGUUUGUCAGUCUGGCGAUGAGGGUGGCACAGACAAUGGGUUUACAUAGAGAUCCCGCCAAGUUCGGCAUCGAACCGUCUGAGGCAGAAUACCGUCGCCGGUUAUGGUGGCAUAUCAUGCACAUGGAUGGGGUUGUUGCCAUGUCAAGUGGUUUGCCUCCCCUUGUCAGUGAUGAAAACUACUGGGACGUAUGCGAGACAAGCGAAAUCAAAGACACACUGUUGGGCACGCCAGCAGCUGAGCAGUAUGAGAUAUCAGUCGCAUCUCAUGGACGGCAACCUGACAAUCCGGACGAUCCCAACCUUUGUGGUGGGCCAUCUAUGGUUAAUGUGUAUUACCUUACCGCAAGGGGGAAAUACGCUAUGGCUCGUGCUGUGCGGCGCAUACUUAAGAUCCAGCUUGGAACCAAGCCUCUUCUCAGACAGGACAUGGAAGAACUUCGAUCUGUAUUAUUAGGAUUACAACUGAAGCUGAACUCGAUAAUACAGCGAAUUCCAGAGGGCAAAGAUCUUGAUCAUUCUUCAACCUCUGGUCGGGCUCUAUCCAUGUCCAAGUCCCCUGUGGAUGGCCGCUCCUCUGAUACAGAACUUCCAGGAGAGGGACCGACAGGAUGCCCAGAACAGUACCACUCUCCGGUGCUCGUUUGUUUCCAUAAGUGGGCUAAAAUUAUUUUGUCUUUAUAUAUUGACAAAGCAUUUUGUGUUGCCUAUCAACCUUUUCUCAAGAACGCUCGCAGCCGCAUUUGGCCUGCUGCACGUCAAAGUGCACUUCGGCAUUGCCAUGGGUUCAUGAGAAAGUUCAUUCAACUCGCAACUGAUCCUGAUUUCCAGCCCUUCCAGUGGAGCUGGCCUGGGAUCAUGCUUAUUGAUUUGUACGAACGACCCCAUAGCCCUGAGGCAUCUAGAUCACGCGCCUUCAUCGAUCGAAUACUUGCUCUAUCUGGUCCAGAUGGAGGAGUCGUCGGUGGCGAGGAUGGUGUGUCAACUCAAAGACCCUUGAAGGAUGGAGGUCGUGAGGCUUGGGACAUGAUCCGCCGGCUUCGUCAAAAGGCCUGGCAAAAGGCAGGUCUCAAUCCUUCAAUGCUCUGGACUGAGCAGGAUCAAAUUCAAGCCGGUGUCUCCACGCCAGCUGAUUUUAAUGACUCACUCUACAAAUCCCAUUCUGGUUCCCCAGAGGCGUCAGUCACGGCUUCCCGGGUCCCACCACAUGAUCCCAAUGUCAAUGAUUUUAACAAGACAUUCUACAACAUCACUCGCUCGCACAAUUUAUCGAGCAUCGCCUCAACUUCUCCCCGGCCCAGCCCCUUGCGGUAUUCACAGAAACCCCAGGAACAACCCUUGCCUUCCUUCAACACACCUUCACAAAAUAAUCCAAACUCUACCUCCAGCCCGAUGCUACCUCCUGGCACUGAUCCAUAUAAUUCUUUAUCCUCGCUGGAGCUGGCUUCAUACCAAGGCCUAUCUUCUCUGAGUCAGGCACAACCGCCUUCCGCUUCGACUACCAUCCUACAACAAGGCCAACGGCCACUUUCAAAUCUCGCCCCUUCACCUGCUAUACCUUUCAUGGAACCAUCCCUUAACACCAUACCCAUAGAUGAUUCUACCCUGCCUUCCAUGGUCGACCCCAACAUCAACUUCGACUGGGAUCAAUGGGACGCAGUAUUCGGACAGCAUCUCCCUGUAGCAGAUGACCUCAUGGAACUAGACCCCGUUGCGGGACUUGACUUUGCCAAUCUGGGGAACGCUUUAAAUGACCACAAUGCUUCCAGCGGGAAUAUGGCCGAUAUCUAUCAUAAUGGUCUGCCACCUGCUGUGGCCUCGUCGGAUGAUAUGAACUUCCCCUCAUCCUGGAAUGGCAAUAGCUCUGGCAGUACGGAGAAUUCAAAUGGUUGGUCGGGAUAUGAAUAA